AUGACUGUACAGUUAAGGGCCUCUUGUCUUUUUCUCCUUUUCCUAGCCGGCUUUGUUCAGACAAAUUCCAGUCUAGAGAAGAUGGAUUGCUACAAAGAUGUGAAAGGCACCAUCUAUGAUUAUGACGCUUUCACUCUUAAUGGAAAGGAACAUAUUCAGUUCAAGCAGUAUGCGGGCAAGCAUGUCCUUUUUGUCAAUGUGGCCACCUAUUGUGGUCUGACAGCUCAAUAUCCUGAACUGAAUGCACUACAGGAGGAGCUGAAGCCCUUUGGCCUAGUUGUGUUGGGAUUUCCCUGUAACCAAUUUGGAAAGCAAGAACCAGGAGAAAACUCAGAAAUUCUUCCAGGACUGAAGUAUGUCCGUCCAGGAGGAGGAUAUGUACCUAAUUUCCAGCUGUUUGAGAAAGGGGAUGUGAAUGGUGAAACAGAGCAGAAAGUCUUCACCUUCUUAAAGCAAUCCUGUCCUCACCCUUCUGAGAUUAUGGGCUCAAUCAAACAUAUAUCCUGGGAACCCAUCAUGGUCCGUGACAUCCGCUGGAAUUUUGAAAAGUUCCUAGUGGGACCUGAUGGUGUCCCUGUCAUGCGCUGGUUUCAUCGGACUCCCGUCAGUACAGUCAAGUCAGAUAUUCUGGCAUACAUGAAACAGUUCAAAACCAAAUAAGAAGAUCAAGUUGGGGGCAGGAGCCAUCCUGCUUCUUUACCUGAAGACCUGUUUUAAAAAAAAAAUCUUUUCUCUACAUUCUCUUCCUAAAUGCCCUCCACUUGACUAAAUCACCUCUAUAGUGCCAAAAUUCCCACUCUCUAUCAAGUAGAUUUAUGUUCAGAA